UUGGAAAAUGCGAUUUCUCCUUCUUAUCCUGAAAGAGUCAACACAUGAGAAUGAGAGAGAUGGAGAACAAAACUAAUCAAGAAGAAGUUUCAAUCAUCAACGUUUCAUCACUUACUUGUAUAGAUCUUGCUAACUCCAAUCUUCAUCAAUCAGCUGCUUCGCUUAAACAGGCAUGUCUAGACUGUGGAUUUUUCUAUGUCACAAAUCAUGGUAUAAGUGAGGAUUUGAGGGACGAGGCUUUCGAGCAAAGCAAGAAGUUCUUUGCUCUUCCUUUGGAAGAAAAAAUGAAAGCCUUGAGAAACGAAAAGCAUCAAGGCUAUUCAUCCGUCCUUAGUCAUAUCUCCGAUAACCAAAUCCACGGUGAUUACAAAGAGAGUUAUUUCAUCGGAAUCGAAGGCUCCAUAGAUGGUCCGCAUUCGGAUACACCAUUCUGUCGCCCCAACAUUUGGCCUAGCCAUGAUGUUUUGCCGGGAUGGCGGGAGACCAUGGAGAAAUAUCAUCAAGAAGCAUUGAGGGUUUGUAAGGCUAUUGCUAGAGUAUUGGCAUUGGCACUCAACGUUGAUGAAGAUUACUUUGAUAAACCGGAAAUGUUGGGAAAUCCGCUCGUAUUUAUGCGCUUGAUUCACUAUGAAGGGAUAUCUGAUCCCUCCAAAGGAAUAUAUGGAUGCGGGCCACAUUCCGAUUUUGGAAUGAUGACUCUCUUAGCAACCGAUAAUGUAAUGGAUCUUCAGAUAUGCAAGGAUAAAGACAUGGAGCCUAGAAAGUGGGAAUAUGUACCAUCGAUUAAAGAUGCAUACAUAGUGAAUAUUGGUGACUUGCUGGAGCGUUGGAGCAACGGCAUUUUUAAAUCGACAUUGCAUCGCGUACUUGGGAACGGUCAGGACCGAUAUUCGAUUGCAUUGUUCUUGCAACCGAGUCACGACUGUCUAGUAGAAUGUCUUCCUACCUGCCAUUCUGAAAACAACCCUCCCAAAUAUCCAGCUGUCAAAUGUUCAACGUUCCUAACCCAACGUUACAAGGAUUCACAAGUGGAUUUGACCAAAAAGCAGACGUAAGUGAAAGUCUUUUGGGUUUCUAGUAGGGUUCAAGUUCUUCCCCACCAUAAAUGCUUUGUUUUUCUUGUUGAGCUCGUUGUUAAAAGUGUUGUUAUUUGGUUUUCACACCAAGAGAUUCAUAUGUGAAAGUAGAAUUAUCAUUUAAUUA